ACACCUUGGCCCAGGGAUAGUUGGAGCGGUGCAGGUUCCCAGACUCCAGACUUUGUGCCUAUGGUUGGGGACAGAGUGAGGUCGUUGCCUUGACGACGACAGCAUGCGGCCCGUGGUCCUCCUAAGUGUGAGCUUGCGGCAGACGGAGGCCCACCUGCCUUCCUGCCUGCUUCGCCCUGGACUCGUGACUGCGUCCGCAGAAGAAAUCACAACAGCACUGGAAUUGCUAGUUUGCUAGGCAGCAUCUUUUGGACCUGCGAGCGAUAUGCAUUUCACCUCAAAUUUGUUUACAAGUUGAAAACCUUUGGGUCUUUUAUGCGAACGGAUUGAAGAAACGCAAAAAGUGUCUACUGACUUUAAAUUAAAAUGGAAAAAUAUGAAAACCUGGGACUGGUUGGAGAAGGGAGUUAUGGAAUGGUGAUGAAGUGUAGGAAUAAAGAUACUGGAAGAAUUGUGGCCAUAAAGAAGUUCUUAGAAAGUGACGAUGACAAAAUGGUUAAAAAGAUUGCAAUGCGAGAAAUCAAGUUACUAAAGCAACUGAGGCAUGAAAACUUGGUGAAUCUCUUGGAAGUGUGUAAGAAAAAAAAACGAUGGUACCUAGUCUUUGAAUUUGUUGACCACACAAUUCUUGAUGACUUGGAGCUCUUUCCAAAUGGACUAGACUACCAAGUAGUUCAAAAGUAUUUGUUUCAGAUUAUUAAUGGAAUUGGAUUUUGUCACAGUCACAAUAUCAUACACAGAGAUAUAAAGCCAGAGAAUAUAUUAGUCUCCCAGUCUGGUGUUGUCAAGCUAUGCGAUUUUGGAUUUGCGCGAACAUUGGCAGCUCCUGGGGAGGUUUAUACUGAUUAUGUGGCAACCCGAUGGUACAGAGCUCCAGAACUAUUGGUUGGUGACGUCAAGUAUGGCAAGGCUGUUGAUGUGUGGGCCAUUGGUUGUCUGGUAACUGAAAUGUUCAUGGGGGAACCCCUAUUUCCUGGAGAUUCUGAUAUUGAUCAGCUAUAUCAUAUUAUGAUGUGUUUAGGUAAUCUAAUUCCAAGACAUCAGGAGCUUUUUUAUAAAAAUCCCGUGUUUGCUGGAGUAAGGUUGCCUGAAAUCAAGGAAAGAGAACCUCUUGAAAGACGCUAUCCUAAGCUCUCUGAAGUGGUGAUAGAUUUAGCAAAGAAAUGCUUACAUAUUGACCCUGACAAAAGACCCUUCUGUUCUGAGCUCCUACACCAUGAUUUCUUUCAAAUGGAUGGAUUUGCUGAGAGGUUUUCCCAAGAACUACAGUUACAAGUACAGAAAGAUGCCAGAAAUAUUUCUUUAUCUAAAAAAUCCCAAAACAGAAAGAAGGAAAAAGAAAAAGAUGAUUCCUUAGGUGAAGAAAGAAAAACACGUGUGGUACAGGAUACCAAUGCUGAUUCCAAAAUUAAGGAUUGUAAACUAUUUAAAAUAAAAGGCUCAAAAAUUGAUGGAGAAAAAGCUGAAAAAGGCAAUAAAGCUUCAAAUGCCAGCUGUCUCCAUGACAGUAGGACAAGCCACAUCAAAAUAGUGCCUUCAACAAGCCUCAAAGACUGCAGCAAUGUCAGUGUGGACCACACAAGGAAUCCAGGCGUGGCAAUUCCCCCGCUUACGCACAAUCUUUCUGCAGUUGCUCCCGGUAUUAAUUCUGGAAUGGGGACUCCAACUCUACCAAUUCAGAGUUACAGAGUGGACGGAGUGGAUGAGAAAACUAAGAAGUGUUCUAUUCCGUUUGUUAAACCGAACAGACAUUCCACAUCAGGCAUUUAUAACAUUAAUGUGACCACAUUAGUCUCUAGUGAAAAAAGCCUCUUUCGGACAAGUAAGAAAAGAAGAGAGUACUCCAGGACAGAUGUCCAUUUGCCUGAACUAAACUAUAAUCAUCUCCCUGAACUAAGAGCAUUGGAAGGCACAGCUCGAAAUUCCAGGCUAACAAAGAAAGAGAGCAAAAUUCUUUCAAAAUCUCGAAUUCCUUCUCUGGCCGCUAUUGACCUGCACACCCCCAGUAUUACAUUGCAUCAGGUAUCAGGACCUCCCCUGUCAGAUGAUUCAGGGGCUGAUUUGCCUUAAAUGGAACACCAGCACUGAGAACCAUUUUGGUUCUGAACUGGAUGCUGCUCUUGCACUUGAGAUGACAUCUUCUUGCGGCAAGAGUGCUGAUAUCCCAAGAGGAGAGAUUCAUGGUUUUGAUCAUUUCCUUCUGAACUGCCUGCAUUUUCUAAGGAAGGCCUUCUAGAAGAAGGAAAGACAAAGACUUCCAAAUGUUUCAAAGGAAGAUUGAACAAAUGGCCCUCCUCAAAUGUUAUCCCAUUACCUUUCACGUCCACCGAUGCUAUUUCAAGAUAUAUCCAGUGGAAGAACAGUGAUAUGGUUCUUGUUACACGAAUGUGUAUUUACUAUUAGGAGAUUGUAUAUUUUAAGUUACCCAUGAUUAAAAGUGAGUUAAAAAGGGGGACAGAGAGAAAUAUUAUAAAUGGCCAUGUUACUCAUGCAUUGAA